CGGAAGGAUUCUAAGAUGACUCGUCAUGGUGUCGUCUACGGUGGCGGAGGCUCAAGCAUGGUAUCAACUCGGCAAGCCAACUACUUCAUCAUCGAAGACCGGCGCACAAACUCUCGUGACAUUACGCGGGCCACCCACGACUACACCACCAAUGAUGUUUAUCGUGAAGUCAACACCGCACUGUGCACUGAUGAUCGCUGUCUUCUGCAGAAACAUGCCAAAUUCAUCAAUUUGCUCCGUCAAGCUUUGUAUGGACACCGUGAACGAGGCAUUGUCUACCGUGGAAUGUUUCUUCCAGGCCGUGACCAUCAGCUCUACCAAGUGGGUCGGAGGUUCCUGUGGCCAGGUUUUACCUCUGCAAGCCGUGACGAGCGUCGCGCCCAUGAAUUUGGGAGCUGCUCCGGCUGGGGCGAAAGAGUCCUGUUUGAGAUUGAUCUGGACUAUAUGCAAGGCCUCACGUGGGUGAGAGACAUCAGCUGGGCAUCGCAGUUUCCUCAGGAGCAGGAGCUCCUUUUUUAUCCAUACAGUGGCUUUCAAGUGGUGGACAGAGUGUGGAUGGGCGAAGAUUUGCAUAUCACUCUCAUUCCUGUUGACGCGAAGGCAGUUGAAGCCAGGGGAAGAAGGGAGGCGGUGGCUGCAGCUUCAGCUGCUGCUCGUGCGGUGCGAGAAGCCUUGGAAGAGGAUGUGAUAGUGGCACUGAAGGGAAGGCAAGCAUCGGACCUGGCACUGUGCCUGGCACUUGCUGGCUGCGAGGAUCAGGAGAUCUUUGAUGCUCGCUUCAGAUGCCGGUACUCGUGGCCACUCUGCCACUAG